AUUUUAGAAUUAUUGUGAUCUUAUUAUCUACAUUUACUCGCCAUAAUGAUAUCUAAAAGACACGCACAAACACAAAUAAGAGCAAAUAUUAAAACACCAGUAAUUAAAACAUCAAGUAUUUUGCAGGGCGAAGUGUCACGUUGCAUGUCUGUCUAUCUGGUAAGAUUCUAUGGAGUGGCUGCUGUAUUGUUUUGAUUAGGAAAAUCAUUUGGACAGAUCUUCCCUGUAGUCAUAGAAGUCAUGGAAGAGCAGGCAGGCUCACCUGGAGGCAACGCCGACAACAACAGCCAGAGAAAUGGAGAUGAGAAGCCUAGACGUGGCAGCUGGACCAAGGGCAGGAAGAGGAAGAAGCCAAUGAAGGACAGCAACGCACCCAAGGCCCCCCUAACGGGCUAUGUUCGCUUCAUGAACGACAGACGGGAGCAGCUACGAGCAGAGCGUCCAGACGUGCCCUUUCCGGAGAUUACGAGGAUGCUGGGCAAUGAGUGGAGCAAGCUGCCCCCUGAGGAGAAGCAGCGAUACUUGGAUGAGGCGGAGCGAGAUAAGGAGCGCUACAUGCGGGAGCUGGAGAAGUACCAGAAGACCGAAGCCUACAAACAUUUCACCAGGAAGGUCCAGGAGAAGCAAAAGGGCAAGCGGCACAGGGGAGAUGUUGGGCACCAGGUAGCCAACGAGGCUCUUCAUGAGAAGGAUGCAGAAGGGAAGGACAGAACUGUGUUUGACAUACCGAUCUUCACAGAGGAGUUUCUCAACCACAGCAAAGCACGUGAAGCUGAGAUGCGGCAGCUGCGAAAGACCAACAUGGAGUAUGAGGAGCGUAACGCUGCGCUACAGAAACAUGUGGAGAGCAUGCGCGGGGCAGUAGAGAGGCUGGAGGGCGACGUGAUGCAAGAGAGGGGACGCAAUGGGCUCCUCCACCAACACCUGGAAACCCUGCGCCAGGCACUCACCUCCAGCUUCUCCUCUGUACCACUGCCAGGAAGUGGAGAGACACCCACCCUUGAAACCAUUGACUCCUACAUGAAGAGGCUCCAUAGCAUCAUUGUCAGUAACCCCCAAGAACACGAUAAUCUCAUCAACACCGUGAGAGACGUGGUCAACCGUUUGGACAGAUAAUUGGACCAAGUCCAGCUGAUUUGACGGAUUGAGAUUCACUGUGACGCUGAGUAGAUGCUGCUUCUUGCCGGUGAAUCAUCCUGUCGAUCUGUCAUCCCAAUUGAUUUUAAAACGUCUUUUAUUACUCCGCUAAGGUGAUGUAGGUCAAGGUGAUGUAGCGCCUCAUAUUUAUUAAUUCCUUUUUUUACAUACUUUUAAAAACUCUGUUCACACUUUAUUAAUAUAGCUGUAGUUUGUUUUAUAAAAUAAUCAGAUGACAAGACAUGAAACAGUUUUCGGUCACUUGUUGCUCAUGUUCUGUCUUCACCAUCCAUUUGUAGCAAAUGCUUCCGCAACAAUAUCUGAACCAUUAUCAACCACCUUCUGAUCAAAGACAAAUGUGUCAGUGGGUUUGUGAUUACUAUAUCCAAGAGAUACUGUUGAGCUGACUUUCUAUUUUUCAAUGCCCUGUUGAAGAAAAACAUGUGCCAUUCAUUCUUCAUUUGUGUGUGAAAAAAGUGUUUGUGUUUUCAAUAAACUGUAUUUACAUCA